CCCGGCGCCCCGCAUUAAAAUGGCCGCCGCCUCUGCCGCCGCGGCCGCCGCGAGACGGCAGUUGGUGGGCAUGCUCCCUGAGUGCCCGGCGCCGGUAUGGCUGCCGCCUUCACGGCAGUGACUGUAAUUCUCGGCUUCCGGUCGUAGCCGGCCAGCGCUCACUGCUCUUCUGGAAGCUUGGCGGAGCCGGGGAGAGGUGCGGGUGAGCUGGGAGAAGUAGCGGCCAGCUUCCGCGCCCGCUCCCGACGGAGAAGAUGGCCGAGGGCGAGCGGCAGCCGCCGCCAGAUUCUCCAGAGGAGACCCCUCCAGCUACUCAGAACUUUAUCAUUCCAAAAAAGGAGAUCCACACAGUUCCAGAUAUGGGCAAAUGGAAGCGCUCUCAGGCAUAUGCUGACUACAUUGGCUUUAUCCUUACCCUCAAUGAAGGUGUGAAAGGGAAGAAGCUGACCUACGACUACAAAGUCUCUGAGGCCAUUGAGAAACUGGUGGCUCUUCUUGAUACGCUGGAUAGAUGGAUUGAUGAAACCCCACCAGUGGACCAGCCUUCCCGAUUUGGGAACAAGGCCUACAGGACCUGGUAUGCCAAACUUGAUCAGGAAGCAGAAAACCUGGUGGCCACAGUGGUCCCCCCCCACCUGGCAGCUGCUGUGCCUGAAGUGGCAGUUUACCUGAAGGAGGCUGUGGGGAACUCCACACGCAUUGACUAUGGCACAGGACACGAGGCUGCUUUUGCUGCUUUCCUCUGUUGUCUCUGCAAGAUUGGCGUGCUCCGGGUGGAUGACCAGGUGGCUAUUGUCUUCAAGGUGUUUGAUAGGUAUCUUGAGGUUAUGCGGAAGUUGCAGAAGACGUACAGAAUGGAGCCUGCAGGCAGCCAGGGCGUGUGGGGUCUGGAUGACUUCCAGUUCCUGCCCUUCAUCUGGGGCAGCUCACAGCUCAUAGACCAUCCCCACCUGGAGCCCCGACAUUUUGUGGAUGAGAAGGCGGUGAGCGAGAACCACAAAGACUACAUGUUCCUGCAGUGCAUCCUAUUCAUCACUGAGAUGAAGACCGGCCCCUUUGCAGAGCACUCCAACCAGCUCUGGAACAUCAGUGCUGUCCCCUCCUGGUCUAAAGUGAACCAGGGCCUCAUCCGUAUGUAUAAGGCGGAGUGCCUGGAGAAGUUCCCUGUGAUCCAGCACUUCAAGUUCGGGAGCCUGCUGCCCAUCCAUCCAGUCACAUCAGGCUAGGAGAGGCUGAGCCACCAGAGCCACCCUGGCCAGGUUCCUGUGCCCUCUCUGACCCGGCGCCCUUCCCACCCACCUUCUGUUCUUUCUGUUUGAUGAGAGGCUGUUUACUAAGAUGGGUGCUAAGCAGGGCCUGAGUUGGGGGAAAUAACCAAAGUGUGGCCAGUUUUUGACUGUCCAUCUGGGUGGACAAAAAAGAAGAGAGGGACUGGGACCUGUUCCCAGGCCUCCUGCCCAUCCCUGUCCUCCCUGCUUCCUUUCCCUCCUGCCCAGGCUCUUGUGAGACAAGGACCUCCUGCUCUUCCUACUGCUUUCCCUUUCCUUCCCAUGAUGUGUAGGAAUGCUGGGCCUCCAGGGCCUGGCUGGUCAGCUUCCGGAGAGCUGUAUUCCACUGGCUAUCUGCUGUGGGGCUGGAGGGGGAGAGGCUGUCAGCAGCCGAGGGGAGGGUUGGGUUGGGGGAGAUGGUUGUAUAGGGGCCAUGAACGGGUGAGGCUGGCCUUCUCAGGAUAGCCUCCUAGGCCCUGAGGGUACCUGUGCCUAUCCUUAUUCUGGCUUUUGUUCCUUGGCCCUUGCCUUUGCCAGGUUUCUUGACUGUUACCGUAAUGUUCCCCUUCCUGGGGAUAACCUCGCUAUGAAAGCUGCCCUGGGCUCCUGGGAAAGCCUGUUGAUUUCCAGAACUGUCUGGCAGAGGGAGAAUGGGAGAGUCUCAGGGAGGCAUUAGGGCUAUUGUGUCUGUUUAGAACCGGGUUUCCUUCAGUCAGUCUUAUGCCUGCUGAUUCUUCUACCUCCUCCUGCUUUGUGUGGCCUUGAGCUUCACCUGAGUGAGGCCCUUGGCUUGCUCAUCUACUCUUGGGUAGGUUGUGGCUGGUGUGGGAGGGCAAAGAAGGCAACAGCUCCUCCCUCUUCCCUUAAUGAGAUGAGGUAAGUGGUGCCCUGGGCCUGGGCAUAGACUUGGAAUCGUAGGACUGCUGAAGGGAAUCGCCCAGUGCUAUGGCUGCGCUGGUACCUGCAGGCGUCCCUGUCCCACUUGGGCCUGCCCUUCUGCGCUGCCCAUCUGUGUCUGUCCACAGAGGCUUUGGGGAGUGGACACUGAGAAGCACAACUCAGGGGCUUGGCCAGGGAUUAACAGUGAUCUGGACAGAGCUGGAACUGAAGUCAUCAGAGUCACAGGCAGUUUCCCAGGAAAGGCCCAGUGCCAGCUUCCUUUCCACAGCCAGGCCACUGCCUUCCUGGCUCCCUCCCCUGUUCCUGGGUCCCUAGCCCUGCGCCUUCCUUGCUGUUUGGAUUAAAGCCUCUGUUUUACACCUGG